UAGGAAGUGAAUCAAUUAUUUCAGUAGGUUAAGUUAAUUUUGUGGUGUGUUUACUUUAAUGCUCGACAAUUAGAGAUCGAUUGGAAAUGGACGUGUACAUAUUUUUAGUGAAUUAGAAUUAUUUUGUUUAUUUAUACAGAUAGGUAUAUUGGUGAUUGAGUUUGUGAUUUUACGCCGGUGUCAGAUUAACAUUUACAAGGUGCUAGUGGGUGCUCAAUUCGUUGAUUUAACCUAGAUCUAAAAUGUCAUUUAUACUUUGGUAUAGAUAUAUUUUUGACAAUGGAAUUCAAGACAUACUCCAAAAAUAUUUCAAAGAUACAUCGGUGGGAUAAACAUCAGCGCUGUACUUAUUUAAAGUUAGCUUAUGGCGCGGUGUUGCAGAUUACCCCUGAGGUAACAGCACUUCGAGGCUGCUGAUACCUCCUAUUCAGGAGACAUAAAAUCACAACUACCCAUCAUGUCUUGGAUAUUCUUCACUCUAAUCGGACUUCUAGCCUUUCAUCAGGCUGAGCCUUCAGGAGUUUUUGAAUUGCGACUGAUCUCAUUCGACAACGAAGCCGGCAAAAAUGAUUUUGGAACUUGCUGUAGUGGAAAAACGAGACCGAAUUUAGAAUGUGAAGGAUUUUGUCGACCCCGGUUCAGGGUUUGCCUGAAAGAAUAUCAAGUUAAAAUUGACACAACGUCCAAAUGUACAUUUGGUGAUAAGAUCACACCUGAAUUAGGACCAAAUAAUCCUAUUGCUGAUACACUUGAGAACGGAUUUUCAAACCCAAUAGCUUUACCAUUCCCGUUCACGUGGCCGGGCACCUUCUCGUUGAUCGUGGAAGCAUGGCACGGCAACGAAACAUCACAUUCUGCUGUGCUAGUGAGUAGAGUGACAAGGCAACGAUAUUUGGACGUCAGUGAUGAAUGGACAGAAGACGUGCAUACAUCAGCGUACUCUACCCUUAAAUUCAAAUACAGGGUAACAUGUGACUCCCAUUACUACGGAAAGGGUUGCGAAAAUCUGUGCAGGCCCCGAGAUGACAGCUUCGGGCACUACAGCUGUUCUCCCUCAGGAGAACGGGUGUGUCUAGCAGGAUGGACUGGAGAUUACUGCACUAAAGCGCAAUGUUUACCUGGAUGUGACGAGCAACAUGGACACUGCACCCAGCCCAACGAAUGCAAGUGCCAGUCAGGAUGGGAAGGCCCUUUGUGUAAUCAGUGUCAACGGUAUCCGGGGUGCAUGCAUGGUACUUGCGUCAAACCGUGGGACUGUCUUUGCAACGAAGGAUGGGGAGGACUGUUCUGCAAUCAAGACUUAAAUUUUUGUACUAACCAUAGACCGUGCCUUAAUGGCGGGACAUGUUUUAACACAGGACAAGGUAGUUAUACCUGCAGUUGUCCCGCUGGAUUCAACGGAACUGAUUGUGAAAUACCAGCUGAUGAUUGCUUGAAAAGUUCCUGUCUGAACGGCGGUACUUGUGGUCCCAAAAACGGUUACAACGUAUGUUCCUGUCCAACUGGCUACAGUGGUUUACAAUGCGAAACCGUCGUCAAUUAUUGCAGCAAACAACCUUGCAAAAAUGACGGUACUUGUGCCAAUACCGAAACCGGCUAUCGAUGUUCCUGUAAACCCGGAUUCAGUGGGACUGAUUGCGAACAACAAGUAAACAGAUGCUUACCAAAUCCUUGUAAAAACGAAGGUACGUGCGUUGAAACUUCCGAUGGAUUUCAAUGCAUCUGCCCGACUGGAUUUUCCGGCGAGUUAUGCGACAUUAACAUUGACGACUGCAAAGGAAACCCAUGCCAAAACGGCGGAACUUGUAUAGAUAAAGUAAACGAGUUUCGCUGCCACUGUGUACCUGGUUACGUGGGAGCGCUGUGCCAAAAUCGCGUAGAUUAUUGUAUCACGAAACCUUGUGCCAACGGCGGAACUUGUUUACAGCUAAUCAAUGACUAUAAGUGUAAAUGUGCCCCUGGAUUCGCAGGAAAGGAUUGUAGUGAAGAAGUUGACGAGUGUAUUGUAAACCCUUGCCACAACGGAGGCACUUGUACGAAUCGCGUUCACGGCUACGAAUGCUUGUGUUCCAGCGGCUUUCUUGGACGUGAUUGUGACGAAGUGUCAUCGAGCGCGGCUCCUAGUGCUAGGGUAUCCUCCGAAUCCAAUCUCACGACUGAACACGUUGUAGUGAUAGCUACAAUAUCAACAUUCGUACCGUUAGUUGUCUUAGUAGCAGUAGGAGUUAUAGUUUGUCUAAAACAGCGACGAAAACGCGAAAAAGCUCGCGCUGAUGAAGAAGCACGCCUGCAGAAUGAACAGAACACAGCUAAUAGUAGUUUCGCUAAACGGGGUGCCGCGAUGUCAGCCGAUAGUCACAUGAUCAAAAAUUCGUGGGGCAAGUGCACAAACAAUGUUAUUAGUUCGAACUUUUCUUCGCCAGAUGACUGCAGUGUUUCAAAUAUCAGCAUUAACGACUGUGAUGGUUUUCCGAAGCCGCAACACCAGGUCAUUGAUGGACGACCUGUGUACACCUUGCAGAGGACGCGUUCUCAGAAACAGCUCAACACCGAGACAGGUGCUCGUGCAUCAGCCUUGUUAGCUGCUAAACUGCACGAACCUGAUUAUGACCACAUCAAACGUUUGUCUGUGAUGUCAAACGCAUCGGCUGUAUGCGGCUCUAGUGAUCCCUCCAUGUUGAAGAGGCCGUUAGAAAAGGAGUCGAAUGGCGUUUAUGUGAUAGAAGAACACUUCCAUACUCCAGAUGCGAUUUCAUCUGGUCUUUUCGCGACGGAGGUGUAGAUAAUUUAAAAGAAUGACUGAGGUGUGCAUGUGAUGUCGAUGCUUCCGUCAGUCAGGGCCCGCUGUACAGUUAUUUAUUAUUUUCCCCCGUUUCUGACAGAGGCAUUGACAACUUAACUUAUGUUUGUAUGAGUAAUAAAAAUCGAGCUAGUGCCUCGUGUCCAAGAAGUUUUGCUACUCUCACGACUCCUCUUUGGGUAACGCCAACAAUUGAUCAAGUCGUUGUCACCAGUGGUAAAAUAUUUUUUGUUUAUAUUGUAUAUAUUUCGAGGAUUUUUUGUUCUGUUUAUUUUCUGUAUUUAUAUGAUUUACCAAUGGUGAAUGCACUUGGUAAGAAACCAAAGAUUUUGGCAUUGCUCAAAAACUGACUUAUGAGCGUAGCAAGGCUGCAUUUCGUCAAGUAGUAUGUAACUAACGUUUUAUUGUUAUAGAAGAAUUUUGUGAUGAAUCUGAAGCAAACUAAGUCACCAUUGUACUUAAGUAGGCUUCCUUCGAUAUUUGUAAGCCUUUUUCAUGUUGCGAUUGGUGUUAAUAUGCAAUCAUUUACGAUGAUAGGCCAGUGAUAUUUAUUUAACAUUAAAACCGAUAGCAACAUUCCACUGUCGAAUCGAUUUUUCUACCCAAUUUUUCGGACAAAGAAUCAAUGUUCCUGAUUUCCAAACUAAGUCAUUUACCUUCAAUAUUAUAGAUAGACCAAGAUUUAGCCAAAUUUACUUUGUCUCUCCAUAGCAUUGACUGACAUUAUUUUUGUUGUACACUACUUAAACUCUUGGGCAAGUUAAAGACUUAAUAUUGAUAAAUACGUUUUGUAAUAUAUAUUAUUGUAUAUUUAUAGUAUGUAACUAGUAAAAAAUUGUUCAUGUUUCAUAAUAAAAUACUUCUUUAGAGAAGCGGCUGUAUUGUUCCUCACGUGAAUGUUAUUUAAAG